AUGUCUUGGUUAUUUAAUAAAGCUUAACAGCCAGCAUAACAACUCAAAUUGCCAGCAUAAUUUGCUGAGAAAGUCUUAAAUUUAGAAUUAGAUGUUGACUCUAAUGCUGCUACAAAAGAUGAGAUUCAAGAACUUUUAUAACUAUAUAGUGUAAUCAUUCACUCCUAAUCUUUUAGUAAGCCAUAGAAUACUAUUCCUCAAUGAAAUCUGAAAGAUACACAGUAUUUACAAAUAAAAUUCAAACUUUAUUAAUGAAGCCCUAUGUUAACAAAAUUUUAGGGUAAGAGGUCAAAUAAGAAUAAAAAUAAGUCCAAUAGUAGAACACUCAGAAAGAAUAAAUUAAGAAUAAUAUUCAAAUUAUAUAAUAGAUGGAUAGCAAUAAGCAUGUUUAGUAGAUGAUUACUGCUGCAAUUGAUGAAAAAAUCAAAAUAGAAAAUAUGAUAGCUGACGAUUUUAAAUUACAAGAUCAUAGAGUCUAAUAAAGAAUGCUCAUGAGAAUUAAGGUAUUUAUCAAUCAAAAAUUCUACUAAGGAUCCAUCUAAAUACAAUUUGGCUAUCUCGAAAAGUACAUCCUUAAGACAUCUAAAAUUAGAUAUUGAAACUUAGAGUUAGCAAUCAACUUUACCAGAUACUUAAGAAUAAGGUCAAGAAAGCAUUUCUGAAUAAAUUUUUGAUAAAAUUUCUGAAGUUGAAGCCUAACAAUAAUUUACUGAAUUAAUAAGGAAUGAUAUCGAAUCAACUGAACAACAAUCCAAAACAGAAGAAUAACCUUCAAAAUUAAAUAUAGAAUCUGAUCUGAUAAGUUUACCAAUUAAACCAUCAUAAAUAAAGGAUCGUCAUCAUUAUGCUUAUUUUAACGAUGAUUCCUAACCAAUCGAUCAGUAAAAUUGGACACCAUAACUUGGUGAUAUGACUCAUCCAAAAACUAAGAAAGUUAGAGAAAUGGUUAACAAAAAUCAAGUUCUAAAAAAACAAAAACUAGAACUUAAUAAUGUUUUACCAUGCUGA